AUGAAGAACAGCGACAAUAAUUCAAGUUUGGAUUCUAGAAUCAAUCAAACCCUCAAAAAUGUUCAAGGGUUGCUCAAAGGUCGUAGUAUUCCUGGUAAAGUAUUACUGACCAGGAGGGCAGAUCCACCAGAGGAUCCAAGCUUGCGAUCACCAACUUUUGGAAGGAGCUUCUCAGAAAAUGAUGCUGGAACAAGUGAUCGAAUGGACAUGUCAAAGGAGGCAGAAGCCCAGGGUAGGAGCAAGCAGCAAAACAAUAGCACGACUGCGAACAAGCUAAAACCUACAAACUCCAAUGUUGAGACAACGUCCAAAGAAGUUCAGAAGUCUGCCGUGGGUACUAGAGCUACAGAUUCUGCAAGAGUCAUGAAAUUCACUAGGGAGCUAUCAGGAUCCGCGGUUAUAUUAGAGAAGUUACGUGAGUUGGCUUGGAGUGGAGUACCACCAUAUAUGCGUCCAAACAUAUGGAGGCUUCUCUUGGGAUAUGCACCGCCUAAUUCAGAUAGAAGGGAGGGUGUUCUAAGAAGAAAGCGCCUAGAGUACCUUGACUGUGUUUCUCAAUUUUAUGACAUUCCAGAUACUGAACGCUCAGAUGAUGAGAUCAACAUGCUUCGGCAGAUUUCUGUUGAUUGCCCAAGAACAGUACCUGAUGUCACUUUCUUUCAGCAAGAACAAGUUCAGAAAUCCUUGGAGCGCAUUCUUUAUACAUGGGCCAUCCGGCAUCCCGCAAGUGGAUAUGUGCAGGGAAUAAAUGAUCUUGCCACACCAUUUCUGGUUGUUUUCUUGUCCGAACACUUAGAAGGGGACAUAGAUAACUGGUCAAUCUCUGCUCUGUCUCCGGAUAAAAUCUCCAACGUGGAGGCUGAUUGUUAUUGGUGCCUGUCUAAGUUACUUGAUGGCAUGCAAGACCAUUACACAUUUGCUCAACCAGGAAUACAAAGGCUUGUGUUUAAGCUUAAGGAAUUGGUGAAUAGGAUUGAUGAACCUGUUUCGAGACACAUGGAAGGGCAAGGGCUUGAAUUUCUUCAAUUUGCUUUCCGCUGGUUUAACUGUCUUUUAAUACGUGAGAUUCCUUUUCAUCUCGUGACCCGCCUAUGGGACACAUACCUCGCUGAAGGUGAUGCAUUGCCAGAUUUCCUUGUGUACAUAUUUGCCAGUUUCCUUUUGACGUGGUCAGAAGAGCUUCAGAAGCUUGAUUUCCAAGAGUUGGUGAUGUUUCUUCAACACCUACCAACUCAGAAUUGGACGCACCAAGAGCUCGAGAUGGUGCUCUCUAGAGCAUUCAUGUGGCACAGUAUGUUCAACAGCUCCCCCAGCCACUUAGCAAGCUAG